AUGAUUUGGGCGUCGUUUGGUUGGGGUGGUAAAAGUUCAAUAUGUUUUGUUGACGGUCGAAUGAACGCAAAAGGAUAUCGAGAGGUGUUGAAAAAGCAUCUCAUUGAUAUCGGUAGCUGUAUGGGUGGGUCUGAUUGGAUCUUUCAACAGGAUAAUGCACCAAUUCAUCGAGCAAAAGUUAAUCUCGCCUGGUUUAAAUCGAAGAAAAUCAAUGUUUUACCUUGGCCAUCGUUAUCACCUGAUUUAAAUCCAAUUGAAAAUCUUUGGGGAAUACUAGCAAGGAAGGUCUAUUCAGGAGGUAAACAAUUUAGAACAAAAGAACAGUUAAAAACUACCAUUAUAAAAUCUUGGGAAGAAAUUAGCAUCGAACAACUCCGUGCUUUGGUCAAAUCGAUGCCUGAAAGAAUCUUUGAAGUUAUUAAGCUAAAUGGAGCCAAGACCAAAUAUUGA